UACGCUCCGAAGAUGAUGGACAAGAUAAACAAACGACGAAUACGACGAUCAGAUCCCCGUCUCGCUCUCGCCAACCGGGAGGCGGAGCGAGUGGAGGGAGGCGCGAUGGAAACGGUUAAAUGGUUAUUUUUUGUGUCUUGUCAAUGAAGGGACGCCCGGCCCCAGGAGUCAGUCAGUUGCACCCGCUUGCACCGCGCACCCAUGUUGCACGAUUACACGGACCCGCGAAAUAUGAACUACGAUCACUGUGACUACAGAACAGUGCCUAUAAAGCGGGAGAAGGACUCCGAGUACCCCGACGACGAGAAUUUCUAUAGCUACCCUCCUAUGGAAAUCAAAAGGCAAUCCGCAGAGCAGGGCUUUGCGCCUUCCUCCCCUACACACCUCAUGGACCUCAGCAAUGGUACCGAAAGACCGACGCAACAACAGUGGCCGUCCAACGUGAUAUUUGACAGUGACGAACGAGAAUACCAGCCUCAAUACCACCCGUAUGAACCAGAAUACGGCCAGGAGCGGCAGAGGCAAAAAACAUUCUACUUCGACGAUUCCAACUCGCAAGACACCGUACGGACGUUCUACGAACCGAAUGAAAACGGGGAAUACAGAGCUUCCACUGAAGAACGCAGCGACGGAAGUGACGAGCAACGGAGAUCGAAGAGGCGUUCCUCGAAAUCGUCAAGAAAAAAAGCGCAGUCGUUCCAGGAAAUGCAGAUACAACGCAUGAUGGCUAACGUGAGGGAACGCCAGCGGACGCAGAGUCUUAACGAAGCCUUCGCGAGCUUACGGCAGAUCAUACCUUCGCUGCCCAGCGACAAGUUGUCUAAGAUACAGACUCUUCAAUUAGCGACUCAGUAUAUCGAGUUUUUGUACCAGAUUUUGUCGAAUAACGAGUGCGCAACAAGCGAAACAACGGACUCCGGCGGUGAACACGGCAAGUACUUAGCACAGGACAAACUUAGCUAUGCCUUCUCUGUGUGGAGAAUGGAAGGAGAGUGGAAUGGACAGACGUGAUCCUCAUCUAGUGUUUGACCAAAGAAAAAAGACGCUUGAUUUAUUCCAUAGUAUUAAGGAUUGUUGAUUAUUUUUAAAGUGAUGAUUUUAAAAUGAUAGGAAUCUUUCACGAUGUUGCAUCUGGCAUAAAGGACUUUCGUCCAAGACCAAGUGAUUUUGUACAUAAUGCAUUGUUACAUAAAAUGUGAUAGUUAAGGAGAUAUUUUUUAAAAUAUCAAAGAUGUGUAUACGAAAUUUACACACUGUAAAUAAAGUUAUUAGAAACUCCAAAGAAUCGAAAAAAGCAUGUUUAAAAUAAAUUAAAUAAUAUUAAUCUCGUAGGAUUAAGUGAUUAUAAUUUAAGAAGCUGAUUACCAAAAAAUAAAAGCACAAUGUUGGUAAGAAUUAUUAGAACCUACAUGUAUUGUGUUUUUUAAUUCCAAUAAAUUUUAAUUAUCAAAA